CCAGCCAUAUCUAACCACGUUAUAGACAAAUGAUACCUUUACUAUUUUAGCACUAAAAACAAUGUUUACUGUUGAGUUGGGUAUUUUAGUCCAGUAUUGCUUUAAUAUUGCUUACACUGCACGACGGGCCGGUUGGUGGAACUAAUACGCAACGUUUUCAGUUUCCGCCGGAGUUUUAUAAAAGCUGAACCACGCCGAUUAAAAACAUUCCUGGGUUUUGUUAUUUUCCUUGACAGCGUGUUAUGGUUAGACAGCCGUGUAAAAUCUAAAUGAUCUCUAUGCGUAGCGGUAUGACUGUAACUGGGCUUUGUUUUUGGAGAAGCACGAUGAGGGCGAGGAGGACACCGGUCGUGUUUACGAGAGGACAGAGCAGGUACACACAGGGUCAGAGUCCUGAGCCACGAGUUCGUGAAUACUUCUAUUAUCUUGAUCAUCAAGGACAGCUCUUUCUCGAUGAUACCAAGGUGAAGAACUUUGUCACGUGUUUUAAAGAUCAGCAAUUUCUGGUUUUCUUUUUUAAGCAUUUGAAAGUCAAUCAAAGUGGCCGCUACGAACAGCAAUUCCACUACAUUUCAUUUUGUGGACGUGAGAGGAACUUCCUACGUUGUGAUGAUCAGCCAGUUGUGUUUACUCAUUUGUUGUCUGAGAUGGGGCACCUGUCAUAUUGUGGAGGUGGGAAUAAACUGAUUUUUCCUUUCCAACCUCAAUCCUUGUUCAUGCAUCCAGGCAGUGGCAGAGUGUACCAUCUGGCUCCUGAGCAUAUAGGUGGCAUUGGAUUGGUACGUUCUGCAUUGGCAAUUGAGUUCAGCCCUCACUUCCAGUACUCGGCCGGUCAAGAAAGUUCUGCCCAACCUACUCAUUUUCUAUGGGCUGGGCAGCGGUAUACACUGACUAAUGAGCUUUCAAAGCAUUUCUCGGUUAAAUAGAAAAUCUUAUUAAACAUUACACAAUAGUUCCCAAUACUUAUUGUGAAAUAUGCUUGAGAUAAAACUCUUUAGUCUUGUGAAUGUGUACAUACAGUACGUAUGAGUAUAUUUCAUCAUUAAGAGGUAAUACUAAAUGCUUCAAUAGUUAUUUAUUUAAUGUACAGUGUAAGAAUAUCCUUUUAAAUUUCGUAGCUGUCCAGCAAUAAAUUGUGUAUAACUGAAUACAAAAUAUUAAUAAAAAGAAUGAACCUCUAUAAGAUUACACAACA